GCCAAGAGUAGUGACGCGAGGCGGACGCUAGCGACACCACAGGUGAGUGUUUGGGUAUCGAAACACGAUCGAAUGUCGAAGCCAUGUCGGUGUACCGUCAUUUUCGCCGUCAUCUGCUGCUGCUGUCAUUCCCGGCGUUGUACGCGUUCUCCAGUGACAGCGACGUUCCCUCAAGUUGCCCCGCUCGUCUAGCGUCCGACAGACCGUUUUCCCACCUCGACAUGGCCACGGGAGACAAGUGGAAGGACGCCUGCUCCAUCCACGACUUCGUGGCCGAAGAUAUCCGCGGCCAAGAGGUUCCCCUCAGCAAGUACGCCGGCCACGUCGUGCUGAUCGUGAACGUGGCAUCGCAGUGCGGCUUCACGGACUCUAACUACAAGCAGCUGCAGGAACUGCACGACAAGUACGCCUCGCACAACCCGCCGCUAAGCAUCCUCGGGUUCCCUUGCAACCAAUUCGGGAGUCAGGAGCCCGGCAGCAACGAGGAGGUGGCGAAGUUUUGUAGCGCCAAGUACAACGUCAAGUUUGACCUCUUCGGGAAAGUCGACGUGAACGGGGACGAUGCACACCCGCUUUGGAAGUACCUCAAGCACAAACAGGGCGGCACGUUCGGCGACCGAAUCAAGUGGAACUUUACCAAGUUUCUGGUGAACAAGGCAGGGCAACCGGUCGCCAGAUAUGCGCCGACCACGGAACCGAAUGCCAUUGAAUCAGACAUCAAGAAGCUCUUGGGAGGGGCCUCGCAACUCUAGCAGCGAUAAACCUUUUGAAAAAGUGCCUAGCUCUUUUCCCCCUCGGAAAACAGCAGCGCCAGUGUUGAAGAAAUCUUGUGCAGGGCGUUUUCGCCUGGUACGGCAGAUGAAGCAUGUGCAGUGUUAUUGCUUACAACCGCGAUUCUAUCAUGCUGAUGUAUUUUUUUCUUUUCAAUAAGCGAUGAUCAAAAAAAAAAAAAGAAGGAACGGGUUUUUUGUUUUCAUGCCAGCUACAAAAAGUCAAUUUGAGCAGUGCAGGUACAAACUGAGAUUAAAAUCUAAGUUGCUGGCCUCAACACAUGAAAAAGUGGAAAAAGCAGCUCUGCACAUUUGUCCAAACAGACAUUUCCAAUGAAGAAAGUGUCAAUCUCGUGAACUGUAGGAGCUAUGCAUUAAUUUAUUUCCUUAAAAUAGAGGGUGCAUAUUAACAAGCACAUACAAGCACCACAUUACACUCUGGAGCAGUAAAUCUCUUGGUGAAACGGCAGCUUCCAGGAGGUCCCUUUCCAUGUUCUGCCCACCAGCUUCUGACUGCCCCACGUUUUUGUUUGUAUUAUACUGUUCAUUGUGUA